AUGCCUUCUCCAUCAAGUCCAUUGGAAUACCGACCGACACCACAUCUUAUUCUCAUCAUCUUUUUCAUCAUUUUUCCACUGAUUUAUUUCUGCGCGCGAUUAGCCGUGGCAACAUUCUUUAUUAUAGCAUUUGUUUUCAAAUCGAUGUUUUCUCCAAUAUUUCACUGGCUUUACAAAGAUGAGCUAGCACUUUCUAUGCCUUUGGUUGCUCGUGAUUCACUUGUGCAUUCUGUUAACGAUAAUAUGCAGAAAAUAGCAAUAGAUCUCUCAUCUGAUGAGCAGCUUAUCGAUGAAAGUUAUGAAGAGCCUGAGCGCAAUAGUGCAGUAAAAUUUGUCCAUAAUUCUGUUAUCAAAUCGGCAGUUGAAGACGUAAUUGCAGUUAAUUCGGAGAACUCGAGGUUGUAUAAUUCUGAGCAUUCUGAUAAUGAUGACUCAUCAGCAAUAUCAACAGCUAGCGAGUCAAGCAUAUUAAGAUUGAAGAACCCACAAAAUUGUAAUGAAUCGGAACUUCGGCAUAGAAAUAAUACUUCUCAAUUAUGUGAUGUAUAG